ACGUCACACCGUUUCAUCCUGUUUGCUUGAGAAAAACUCUUUCACUUCGUCUUCUCAGGUGCACCAGAGCUGCGCAAAAUGCAAGCCACCGAGCCUUCAACAAGAAGAAACCGGUACACUUGUGACGCAUAUUAAUUUCUGGCGCAGAAUCAUAUAGAAAGCGAAUUGAAUUUAUAUCCACGACUCAGUGAGGACAAAUAACUAGCCUGUGUUUGUGUUUGUGUGUGAGUGCUCGCGCAGUCUCACUGCCGACGAAUUCCAUUACCGCACGAUUGAACCGCACAGACUCGCCUUUCAGCGCUUAUUGGGGUGUCUCUAAGGACAUGAGGUGGUUUAGCAGCACAGUCAUGCCAACGUUGAGCCCGUGAUUGAGUAGUAGUGCUCCAGGGCGCGUCUGAGGCUGCAGCACCCCACCAGACAGCUGCAGCAUGUCUAGUUCAGGCUUUCCCCCCAGCCAGGGGCCCUUCAGUAGCGAGCAGAGCCGUUACCCACCUCACUCAGUGCAGUACACUUUCAGCUCCACACGUCACCCGCCGGAGUUCCCGGUACCCGACUACCGUACCCCUCUGCAGGACCAGCAGCGCCGCAGGCCUUCACUACUAUCCGAAUUCCACCCUGGGACUGAGAGGCCAACGGAGCGCAGACAUGGUUAUGAGCAACAGUUUCAUGCCAUCCCAGCUCAGCAGGAGCAGGAGAUUUUCGAGGCCAAGCGUCCCCGCAUCGAGAACGUAUCUGAAACACACUUUUCAAGAGCUCAGCUCACCGGCAUCAUACUGCCCCCUCCACAGACCAUACAGGACAGCAUCAGGACCACUGGAGAGGGCAAGAAGGAAACCCAGUUUAGUGUGAAGGUGGAGACCUCGUCCCCAGGUGGAGUUCCACAGGUGGGUGAGGAUGCAGACACAUCGCCCUCCAAACUCUCCAAGGAGGAGUUGAUUCAGAGCAUGGACCGCGUUGACCGUGAGAUUGCCAAGGUCGAGCAGCAGAUUUUCAAACUGAAAAAGAAACAGCAACAACUGGAGGAGGAGGCAUCAAAGCCAGUAGAGCCAGAAAAGCCAGUGACGCCACCCCCUGUGGAACACAAACAUCGCAGCAUCGUCCAGAUCAUUUAUGAUGAAAACCGGAAAAAGGCAGAAGAAGCCCAUAAGAUACUGGAAGGGUUGGGGCCUAAAGUGGAGCUGCCUCUGUACAACCAGCCCUCUGAUACUAAAGUCUACCAUGACAACAUUAAGACGAAUCAGAUGAUGAGAAAGAAACUGAUUCUGUUUUUCAAGAGGAGGAACCAUGCACGCAAACAGAGGGAACAGAAAAUUUGCCAGCGGUAUGAUGAGCUGAUGACGGAGUGGGAGAAAAAAGUUGAGCGAAUGGAAAACAACCCACGCCGUAAAGCCAAGGAAAGCCGCACACGUGAAUACUACGAGAGGCAGUUUCCUGAGAUCCGCAAACAGCGCGAGCAACAGGAACGCUUCCAGAGGGUGGGCCAGAGGGGGACAGGCCUGUCUGCCACCAUCGCAAGAAGUGAACACGAGAUAUCCGAGAUCAUUGACGGCCUCUCGGAGCAGGAGAACAAUGAGAAACAGAUGAGGCAGUUGUCUGUCAUUCCUCCCAUGAUGUACGAUUCCGAACAGCGGAAAGUGAAGUUUAUCAACAUGAACGGUCUGAUGGAUGACCCAAUGAAGGUCUACAAAUCCCGCCAGUUCAUGAAUGUCUGGACCGAACACGAGAAGGAGAUCUUCAAGGAGAAGUUUGUGCAGCAUCCCAAAAACUUUGGGCUCAUUGCUUCAUUUCUGGAGAGAAAGUGUGUGUCUGAUUGUGUGCUGUACUAUUAUUUGACUAAGAAGAGUCAGAACUAUAAAACUCUUGUCAGACGAAAUUUUGGGAAUCGACGACGAAGGAAUCAGCAGAUAACACGACCGUCACAGGAAGACAAGACAGACGACAAGAACGAAGAGGACAGGUUAGAGAAAUCAGAGAAGAAAGAGGACGAGGAGAAGAAGGAAGAGGAGGAGAAAGAUGAAAAAGAGGACUUUAAGGACAUCAGUAAAGAUAAAGAGAAGUGUGAGGGAGAGGAGGAAGAGGGUAAGGAGCAAAGCACGCCACGUGGCCGAAAGACCGCCAACAGCCAGGGACGUCGUAAGGGCCGCAUCACCACCCGCUCCAUGGCCAAUAAUGAAGCUGCAUCUGUGGUGGCAGAGGAUCCACUGCCACCUGAACCAGUUCUUCCGGAGCCCACACCCCCCUCUAAAACUGAGCCGGUGCAGAAACCAGCACGAGAGCCUGCAAAACUCUCUCCCACAGCCAGCAUAGAGACACGAGGCGCAGUUGAAGCUGGAGAGACGUCUCGCUGGACGGAGGAGGAGAUGGAGAUCGCCAAAAAAGGGCUGGUUGAACAUGGUAGGAACUGGCCAGCCAUUGCUAAGAUGGUAGGCACUAAGAGUGAAGCUCAAUGUAAGAACUUUUACUUCAACAACAAGAGACGAUACAACCUAGACAAUCUACUACGCCAACACAAGGGUUCCCGCCGGCUCCGUGGAAAUCAAGACCCAUCACAGAGCGAUCCUGCGCCUGAUGACGAUGAGGAGAGUGACGGUCCCGAUUACAGUUCGGACACAGAGAGUGCGCCUUCUCCAACUCAAACUGAUCCCUCCAAAUUCGACGCGCCAACUCAUCCCAACUCAGGUCUGGACGGCGUGUCGGACCAGGACGUCACGGCAACCAAAGGCCAAGUGGCAGAUGCCAAGGGCCAGGAGCCUCCGUACGGCGAGCUACGGGUGAAAGUAGAGAACAGUCCGGAAGGAGGAGCUGGAGACGGGCUUCCUCAGGAUGAGCGCACACGCUCUGCAUAUGAAAUGCAGAUUUAUCCAAAAAGUGAGACACAGGAUGUGGAGAUGAAUGCUCCGAGCAGCGAAAGAGCGCAGGUGCAAGUGAAGACUGAGCCGGAGGUCAAGGACAAGGAGGAGAAACAGCACUCCGAUAAUGACUCUAGCGCCACCUGCAGUGCGGAUGAGGAUGUGGAGGCUGAACCUGACCGACAAGGACUUUUCUGUCUGGAGAAGCCGUCAUUGCUUGCCACUGCAGGCUCAGUGGUCGUGUCCUCAGCCAAAUUCCUCAACGUGCUGCAGCUACAGAAGCGGGCCGCCACCAUCCCCCCUAUGGUUUCAGCUUCAUUCGGUCACAGCAGCGUUCCUGGAGGACCGUUGAGCGGCUUUGCUAUGUUCCAGCACCAAAUCAAAGCUGUACAUGAGUCCGUGCAGGAGGACAAACAGAGACUGGAUCAGAACGAGUCUGACCGCAGGCCGCGAGUCACCACCCACAGCCCCAAUGUAGUGGAACGAGAAGGUAAGCCAUUCACUUACAUGCCAUUUGACCUGAAGCUGAUGGAGCAGGAAUCUCACGGUGGAGCGGGCAGACCGGGUUCUCCGUACAGACUCUCUCCUCGCGAGCCUAGCAAAGCCUCACCCCAGCCCGACGGCAGUAACGCCACCCGCUACAGUGUACCUCCAGGUAAGCAGUCUGUACACCCUGUAUCCAGGCGAAAUCUCAAACAAAGCUACAUAUACGUCAUUGUAGAUGUAGAGCUGAUUGAUGGCCUUCGAGGAACGCCAGGAACGUACCUUCCUUCUCAAACGCAUGCUGUGUACGUACCGGAGGUAGUUAAGACCACAGGGGGGUCGAUCUCGCUCGGUUUACCAAGACAGCAGGACCCUGCCAAACCUGUGUCAUAUAUUAAGCAGGAGGAGUGUUCUCCACGUGGACAGAGCGCUCAGGCGGAGGGUCUCUUAUCCAGAGCUCAGUAUGAGGGAGUUGUCAGAGGACCCAUGCAGAUUCCAGACAUGAGAGGGCCACCUGGAAAAGGCCCAGAGGGCUUGAAUUUCAGAGGAGGCUCCAUUACGCAGGGCACUCCUGCCCUGACUCAGUCCAAUGUAGCAGCGGAUCUGUUGAAAGGCACUAUUGCUAAACUGGCCACAGAGGACCUGAGCGGCCCAGAGAAGAGCCAAUCUGAUGCUCAUUCUAAACCUCAUGUUAUCUACGAAGGCAAAAGCGGACACAUCCUCUCUUUUGAUGCCAUUAAGAACCCUAGAGAUGGCACUAGAAGCCCACGAAUGGGGCACGAUCUCAAACGCUCAUAUGACAUCAUGGAGGGGUCCCGUGGACACCCAACACGUGAGACAGCACCUUAUGAAGGUUUGAUCAGCAGAGCAUUGCCAAGAGAAAGUCCUCACGAGUCUAAAGAUCGAGCCAUACUCACAGGAUCCAUCAUGCAAGGAACACCAAGAGCCUCUGCUGAAGUCUAUGAUGAGGCCUCCAAGUACGGUAAACAGAUCAAGAGGGAAAGUCCACCCAUACGCUCUUUUGAGGGAGGUAUCACAAAGGGUAAACCGUAUGAGGGGGUGAACACCAUAAAGGAGAUGGGCCGCUCAAUUCACGAGAUUCCCCAUAAGGAGACUCAAGACAGUCGUAAAACUCCUGUUCUGGAAGGAUCCAUUACUCAGGGUAUUCCUCUGAAGUACGAGAGCAGUACUGUGAACCCGUCAGCCAUCAAGCACAAUGUUAAAUCUCUGAUCACAAGCCCAGUGAAGAUCUCACACUCUGUCAUUGAGGCAGCUGAGCGCGAGAGGGCCAAGUACGAGGAUGCGAAGACGUCCGAACGUGUCCGGCACACCUCUGUAGUGAACUCCACAUCUGUCCUUCGCUCCACACACACAGAAGCGGGAAAAUCUCAGCUCAGUCCAGCCAUGUAUGAGGACAGCAAUGCACGCAGAACCCCUACAUACACCGGCACCUCCAUAUCCAGAGGUUCACCUCUGCUGCGAGGGCAAGACGGAAGUAUAACAACAGGUAAACCAGCUUCUCAUGAGAGGAAGAACACACUGACUCCCACCCAGAGGGACAGUGUGCCCGCCAAGUCACCUGUGUCCGGGGGUGAACAUCUUGCUUCUCACAGCCCGUUUGACCCCCACCAUAGACCUGUGGCACCUGGAGAGAUGUACCGGACUCACCUACCACCACACUUGGACCCCAGCCUCGCUUUUCACCACAGAGUCCUCGACCCAGCAUACAUGUUCCCACGGCAACCGUCGCCGACCGGUUACCCCAACACAUACCAGCUGUACACCAUGGAAAACACUCGGCAGACCAUUCUGAACGAUUAUAUCACCUCGCAGCAGAUGCGCCCUGAUAUCACGAGGGGACUGUCACCACGGGAACAGUCCAUUGCCAUCCCAUACCCACCAGCUAGAGGAAUAAUUGAUCUAGCCCAGAUGCCACCUACCAUCCUGUUACCUCACCCUGGGGGGACAGUUUCCCCCUCCCUGGAACGCAUCACCUACAUCCCUGGACCUCAGACCCCUUUCCCUCCUAGGGCAUUCAACCCUGCCUCCAUAUCUCCAGGACAUCCUGCCCAUCACAGUGCCACUGCAGCUAUUGUGGAGAGGGAGAGAGAGAGUCAGAGAGAGAAGGAACGCGAGAGGGAAAGGGAAAGAGAGCGGGAGCGAGAAAGAGAUCAGAGAGAACGGGAACGCGCAGCGGUAGAAUAUAUGCGUGGAGUUUCUGAGCAACCUGGCCGACCAGGCAGCCGUAGUUUUCUGCGUUCCACUUCACCCUCUGUGAGAUCACAGGAGGGCGUCCUCCAACAGCGGCCAAGCAUCUUCCAGGGCACCAACUCCAAGAGUGUCAUUACACCACUCAUGCAAAUGCCCUCACAAGCAGCUGCAGCUCAAGCCAGCCGAUACAGCAAUGCAGCUGAUGCACUCGCCGCCCUGGUGGACGCUGCUGCCUCUGCCCCGCAGAUGGAUGUUGCAAAAGUCAAGGAGGGCAAGCAUAAUAACAGUAGCUCCCGGGAUGAUGAUAUGAUGACAUCACGACGGGCAGCACAGGAGUCGCAAGAGGUGGAGCGCCGUUCCGUGCAGUCACCAUAUGGGGACGUGUUACUUCCUAGUGGGAAACCUUCCCAUCCUGUGUAUGCAGAGGGUGGAGGAGCUGCAGGGAGCAAAGAGAAAGCCCCACCCACUAAGUCACGCAUGGAGGAGGAGCUACGCACACAUGGGAAGACCACCAUAACUGCUGCAAACUUUAUUGAUGUCAUCAUCACGCGCCAGAUUGCCCCAGAUAAGGAACCCCGUGAGAGAGGCUCACAGAGCUCUGACUCCUCCAGCAGCAUGUCAUCCAGUCGUUAUGAUGCUCAGGGUGGAAUUGAGGUGAUCAGCCCAGCUAACUCUCCAGCCCUAAGAGAAGAGAAGAACGAAGGACCUUUCCCAUCAGAAAAGAGCUCAGGAUUAAGGUUCGACAUUAACCGGUACAGGCAGUCAGGAGAUUCAGGACCUUCUGCACCUCAACAGCCCCCCUCCUUGCACGCAGACAGUUAUGGGCCCGUCCCGAAAACACACCGCAUCAUGACCCUUGCUGACCACAUUUCGCAUAUCAUUACGCAAGACUUUGCCAAGAGCCAAGAUCCUCCCCCAUCAUCCAGCUCGCUGCCUUCCUCUUCAUCCUCCUCCUCGCUCUCCUCCACUUUCCAGAGCUCUGGUGUGGGAGGUGUUGUAGGUCGAGUUAAACCCCAUAACCGCUAUAGCCCAGAAAACCCAGCUCCUACUGCACACCACCAGAGACCACCAAGCAGAGUAUCUCCCGAGAACUCCUCCGAUAAACCAAGAGCCAGGCCAGGUAGGUCUCCUGAUCGAGGACGAGGACCAGAGAACUAUGAGCCCAUCUCUCCUCCUCAGGGUUAUUCUGGGUUGGAUAAACAGGAAGCCACUGUAGUGCAGAGUCAGAGACGAGAGCAGGAUCUCCCUGAACAGAGGACUGACUCGCGGUCACCAGGCAGCAGCAGUUACCUCCCCUCAUUCUUCACCAAACUGGAAAGCACGUCUCCUAUGGUUAUGUCCAAAAAGCAGGAGAUCUUCCGGAAAGCAGAAGUCGGUAAUGCUCAGCCAGGCACAGAGAUCUUCAAUCUCCCAGCAGUAACAACAUCAAGCAGUGUAAACCCUAGAAACCACUCGUUUAGUGAUCCAGCCAGUAAUCUGGGUCUGGAGGACAUCAUCAGGAAGGCUCUGAUGGGGAACAUGGAGGAGAAGCAGGAGGAGCCACAGCAGCAGCAAGCCCAGCUGGGGACAGGAAACGGCUCAGGCAGCAUGAGCAGCAUUUCAGACGGUCGACAGGAGGCCAGCCCAUCCCCUAACACAGCAGGAAAACAGAAGCUUCAGAGCAAAGCUAGCAGCAGGAAAUCAAAGUCUCCAAACCCAGGCCAGGCGUACUCUGCUGGAGAGCGGCCCUCUUCUGUGUCCUCGGUUCAUUCGGAGGGCGAUUACCACAGACAGGCUCCUACCUGGGCUUGGGAGGACCGGCCGUCGUCCACAGGUUCCAUGCAGUUCCCCUAUAACCCCUUGACGAUGCGCAUGCUCAGUAGUACCCCUCCCACCUCCAUGGCCUGCCCAUCUCCCUCCAUGCAGUCCCAGCAGCAGCAGCCACAGGGUGGCGCCUCUGGCCCCGUGGCCUCAACGCGCGCAUGGGAGAGAGAGCCACCGCUACUGUCAGAGCAGUACGAGACCCUCUCGGACAGCGACGACUGAGGCAGGUGAUCGCCUCCCUCUCCUACACAAGCGUCCAUGCCCCACUCCUGUUCACCAUCGCCCUCCUUUCGCUGUCUUUAUGAAUCCCACUCACUGCCAUUUGAGAGUGAGAUUCUGCUGGGAAGGAGGACGUACAUUUGGUGCUACUUUGGUGCCCAUUGGUGGUCAGAGAGAGCAUUGCAGAGAGCCACUGAUUUUCAGGAUUAAAUCCGAAGCUUUGAUUUUUUUUUUUUUUUUUUUGCCCAUUUGGGGACGAGAACUAGACAAAUCCCAAGUGAAUAGAGACGUGAACGUCAAAAGGAUGAAGAACUUGUAAAGAGACUUGUUUGCUGAAAAUUUGUUUCUGUAAAAAAAAAAUUCUUUAAAAAAAGAAAAAAUCAAUGUCUGUAAAUAGAGUAACCUUUUGCAGUGUUUUUCCUUUAACUCGGUUUUUUUUUUCUUUCUGCAUUUUAACAUUGCUUUUUAAAUUUAUCCCAGUUGGAUGGAUCGGUGGGUGCAACAAGACACUGUGGAGAUUAUUGUGGUCAUUCGGGCGAAGAGCAUUGAGCUUCCAGCAUCUGAAAGUAAUGGUCUAAUCGAAACUACUCCAAAUAAAACACAAAAAGGACUUCAUUAACUUUGUCCCUCCAGAUGCGGAGCCUGUCUGUGCAGCACUGUUGAGAUGUUCUCUGCCCUGUUACUUUAGGUAGGAAGUCACAAUCAUUCGUCAGCUGUAUUAGGAGGACAAGACAUCAGCCUUUUUUUUGGUGUAGGAGCUUGUCUGAUUCACUUCAGACAUGAGAUGAAUGUUUCUUUUGUUUUUCUCUCUCUUUUUCUUUUCAAAUUGGUUCUAGUCUUCAGUAGUGGCCUGUUGCAGAUCUGUUUAGAGCGUUUGGCCCUGCGGUUGAAUGUCUGACAGUUUGACACGCGUCAUCUUUAUCUUGUGGUUGCUAACUGUUCUAACAGGGCUUAUCUUAGAAGUUGUACAAGGUCUGCCACCCCUCCCCAGUAACCUUUUUGCUUUUUGAAGAUGAAUUUGUUUCUAGGGAGAAUAUACUUGUAAAUCCUCUUUUACUAAUCAUAAAGGAGCACGUAUAACGUGUAUGUUCUAUCAACGUGUGAUUUUCUUAGACCACAAAACAAAAAUACAAAGAUAAAAAGAGGAAGUACCAAACUUGAUACAUCUCUGCACCAUUGUUGCACUUUUUUUUCUUUAGUAAUUUUGAGAAUCUUCAAAUCAUACUACCUGUAAUCUAAGUUAUUCAAUGUCAUGAAGAGGUCUGGGACGCUUUGAGAUAUAUUCAUGUUUCAGUCUCUUACUCUAUCUGCAUUUUCAAUUCUUGGAAAUUUGAGCUAGUUUUUUUUUCUAAACUUGGAUUAAGCGUAUAAAAUCGGUACCAUUUAUCUUAGCUGCUGCCGAGUAGCAGCACUUGAUCAGAGAUCUGAAUAUCUCUGUCUGAAAGUGAAUAAGCUCAGUUUUAGUUACUUGCAAAAAUAGUUCAAUGUGAUGAAAGCUAAUGGAGGCAUCUCUUGAUCCUGCUUCCCCCCCCAUUUCAUGUGCUUCUGCUUUGUUUGAAUAACACCACCUUUAAUAUGAUGGUUUCGUUUUCUUCAGAAGUCUAAAAAAUGUUGAGCUCAUGUUUGGAUUUUUUUUUUUCCACGUUCAUUUUAUUUUAUAAUAUUUUUCAGCAUCCAUGUUAUAUUCAUCCCGUUUUAACGGGAUGUCAAGUGUUUACAAUGGCAUUGACAAAAAAUGGUGAAACUUGAAUCUUAAAGAAAAUUAAAAUUGCUCAUCACGUCAGUCUAUUUUACAGUCCAGCUUUGCAAGGGUGACUUUCAUUUUUUUCUGUUCUGAAUCAAGACUUGAAAAAGUAACUUGUCCCCUGAUUUUGAAAAUCCAGUGUUUGUAUCACUGUCUCCUCAGUAGUGGAUAAGAAAUGUGCAGACCAAUCAAUAAAGUAGAACAGAGCUCCACCUCUCUGAAACAAACAGUGCUG